GCCAAGAAAAAGAAAGCUGGGGACAUGGCACUAGCAUCAUUUAUUGAUGGCAAGUUGGAAGAGAUUGACCUCAGACAUUGUGCAAGCACUGGCACUGAGAAUCCUGCCGCUGUCCCAGCUGGUAAUCAGCUAGUGAGUCAGGAGUCCUCUACAAAAGGUGCCAUCUCCUGGAGAACAUACCGCACAUACUCCCAGGCACUUGGAGGAUCCACAGUCUUCAGCAAUUGGUGGUUUAGCUUCUGGAUGGCAAGUGGUGAUGGGUCAUCCAGUAACACAACUGCAGUCCAGGGAGAAAUCUCUCAAAAUCCACACCUUCACUUCUACCAGGUUAUUUAUGCUGCAACAGUGGUUGUCAUUGUUGUACUUUCCAUUGUGAAAUCCAUAAUCUACACUUAUUUCACCUUGAAGGCCUCCUGCAAAUUCCAUGACAUGCUGUUCAAAAAGAUUAUUGAUAGUCCAAUGAGUUUCUUUGACACAACUCCAACGGGCCGACUUCUAAAUACUGGUGACUGCCAGUGGUGCCACUUCUCUAAAGAUCAAGACGAAGUGGAAACUGUCCUUCCUCUUGUCAUGGACUCUUUCUUACAGUGUUCUCUACUCGUCGCAUCCACAGUUGUUGUCAUCUCAGUUAUUUUCCCCGCCAUGCUUGUAGUUGGAGUUAUUAUGGCAGCUUUUCUUGCCUUUACUGUCUUUGUAUUCCAGAGGAGUAUACGUCAUAUGAAGAAUCUAGAAAACAUCAGUCGCUCUCCAUGGUUUUCUCUAACCCCCUCAACUUUGCAUGGCCUCAGCACCAUCCAUGCCUAUAGUAGAAGAGACAGCCUUAUAGAACAGUUCAAUAUCUUGACUGAUAUCAACUCCAAAUACCUUUUCAUGUUUAAUGCUGGCACACGUGCAUUCGCCUUCUGCCUGGAAUUAAUGGCUGCUACUACGACGCUGUUUGUGGCUCUCUUUGUAGUGCUCAGCAGUAAUGACUUAAUCAGUCCAUCCUUGAAAGGCCUCGCGAUAUCCUAUUCCUUGCAGUUGACAGGCAUGCUUCAAUAUGUAGCCAGACUCUCGAUAGAAGUGGAAGCAAGAUUCGACUCAGCGAAACGGCUCCAGGAAUAUGUCACGGAUUGUAAGUCUGAGGUUCCCAGGCAUGUUAAGGAGACUCAGAUCCCACAGGACUGGCCUAGCAGUGGGGGCAUCACCUUUGUAGACUAUAAGAUGAGGUACAGAGAGAAUUCACCAAUUGUCCUGAAUGGCAUUGAUUUCCACAUUCAACCUGGAGAGAAGCUGGGGAUCGUGGGAAGGACUGGCUCUGGAAAAUCGUCUUUAGGAGUAGCUCUAUUUAGACUUGUGGAGCCUGCAGCAGGAACCAUACUGAUAGAUGGGGUGGACAUCAUGUCCAUUGGCCUGCAAGACCUGCGUAGCAAAUUGUCUGUGAUUCCUCAGGACCCUGUGCUAUUUGUUGGUACAGUCAGGUACAACUUGGACCCCUUUAAUAAAUACACUGAUGAGGAGAUCUGGGCAGCGCUCGAGAAGAGCUACAUGAAGGACUCGAUCUCAAAGCUGGAGGGGAAGCUUGAAGCACAUGUUAUGGAGAAUGGAGAAAACUUCUCUGUAGGCCAGAGACAGCUGAUCUGUAUGGCUAGAGCUUUACUCCGUAACUCCAAGAUCAUUCUUUUGGAUGAAGCCACUGCCUCCAUAGAUGCAGAGACGGAUGCUCUGAUCCAAAACACCAUCCAAGAAGCCUUGCGUAAUAGCACUAUGCUCACAAUAGCUCAUCGGCUCAGCACUGUGAUGUAUGCAGAUCGUAUUCUGGUCAUGGAUAAUGGACAGGUGGCAGAGUUGGAUGAUCCAAAUACACUGAAGCAAAAGCCAUUCUCUAUGUUCUCAUUACUGCUGACUGCUUCAAACACUGUAAAUUUGUGAAACAAAGUAAACCUUGAAACCAAAGAACAUCUGUGGAGUAGGCACAUGUAUUUACUAUUUUAAUGACUAUUCUGUAUAUUUAAAAAUGUUAAUUAUUUUAUUGCCUUUGUCUUUAAAGUUUAAAUCUAUAAUUGU